UAACCAUAAGAGAAGCUUGGUGUACCUUAUCACUUCUCAUCCACUCAAAAAAGAGAAGAGAAGAGAAAUGACUCUAACCAUUAACAAUCCCGUUACUCGUGCCACCCUCACCACCACCACCGGAAACGGCACCGGAACCUCCAUAACUCACCAUUCAAUCUUCGGCCACCGCCAUUUCCGUCAAUUCCUUCCAUCUUCUAUUUCUCUCUCCUCAAGGACAUCUACAUCUACCCUCAUCGUCUCCGCCACCGGAAAAUUCACUUCUCGAACUGGAAAAUUCGAUAGCAAGAACAGAAGAACUUCCAAUACCACAACCAAAGAUGAUACUUCUGUUGAAGAAAAGAGUAAUAUGCUUAAAAACUUUGAGGACGGUGCAGAUAAUUUUGUAGAUUAUGUUGAUGAUGGAUUUGUUAUGCCUGAUUUGCCUGGUGCUGAACCUGACUUCUGGGAAGGAUCUAAAUGGGAUGCUUUUGGUUUUGUUGUUCAAUAUUUGUGGGCUUUUGGCGUUGUUUUUGCGCUGGUUGCAUGUGGCAUUGCUGUGGCUACUUAUAACGAUGGGGCUACAGAUUUUAGAGAAACUUCUGCAUACAAGGAAUCAGUCCAAUCACAGGACCUCUUAGAAGGACCUGAGGCAUCCGACACAGACGUAUUCGAGUCUAAUCCCACCGAGGAGGCUCCAGCUUUGGAAUAACGGUCAUGUAUCGAAACACAUUGUUUCAAGUCUAAUCCCGCAGAGGAGGCUCCAGCUUUGGGAUAGCUGCAACGAAUUGGAACAACGUAUGUACAACUGGUUUAUGUGGGUACACUUAUCGAUCUAUAACACGCACACGUACUGUUUUUGCGCUAAAUUUGUCCUGAAUCAUUGUAAUAUAUAGGCCAAUGCUCCCCGUGUAAGAAAAGUGUAAACUUAGAGAUUAAAGUUUAGAAUGAAAGUUUAUUUGCUUCUGCUA